AGAGUAUUUAGGGGAGGUGUGCCCUGAGGGUCAGGAAAGAGUUUGUAGUGGCUGCCGGUGGUGGUUGGGCUGCUUCGAGGCUCGGAGCGGAAGCUGAAGAGGGAUGGUCGGUUGGGAGAAAGGGCUUCGGAUCCACUUUGAGCCCGGGAGCUGCUGGCUGGAGGAGGAUGAUGUUGACAUCCCAAAUAGACGUGUUUUGAUUACUGGUGCCACUGGGCUCCUUGGAAGAGCUGUGUAUAAGGAAUUUAAAGCUAAUCAUUGGAAUGCUGUUGGCUGCGGAUACAGUAGAGCUCGACCCAUGUUUGAGCAAGUUAAUCUUCUAGAUGCUGCUGCUGUUCAUAACCUAAUCCGGGAUUUUCAGCCUCAUGUCAUAAUACACUGUGCAGCUGAGAGAAGACCAGAUGUUGUAGAUAGACAACCAGAUGUUGCAUCUCAGCUCAAUGUGGUUGCUUCAGAGAACUUAGCAAAAGAAGCAGUACAAAUAGGAGCAUUUCUGGUCUACAUUAGUACAGAUUAUGUAUUUGAUGGAACAAAUCCUCCAUAUAAAGAGAAUGAUGUGCCUAAUCCACUAAAUCUUUAUGGCCAAACCAAAUUAGACGGUGAAAAGACAGUUCUGCGGAACAAUGAAAGUGCUGCUGUGCUUAGAAUUCCUAUUUUGUAUGGAGAAGUUGAACGACUAGAAGAGAGUGCAGUGACUAUCAUGUUUGAAAAAGUGCAGUUGAACAAUAAAUCAGCCAAUAUGGACCACUGGCAGCAGAGGUUUCCUACCUAUGUUAAGGAUGUAGCCAGUGUUUGCCGACAGCUAGCAGAGAAGAGAAUGCUGGAUCCUUCUAUAAGAGGAAUAUUUCACUGGUCUGGAAAUGAGCAGAUGACCAAGUUUGAAAUGGCACGUGCAAUGGCUGAUGCUUUCAACCUUCCGAGUAGCCACUUGAGACCAAUUACAGAUAGCCCAGUAGUGGGUGCUCUUCGUCCCAGGAAUGCUCAGCUUGACUGUUCCAGGCUGCAGAUGUUGGGCAUUGGACAGCACACUCCUUUUCGAGUAGGGAUCAAAGAAUCUCUUUGGCCUUUUCUAAUUGACAAGAGAUGGAGGCAGACUGUCUUCCAUUAGUUAGUAAAUAUCUUAGUGUAAGUAUGGUAUGAGGCACUUUUCUAAAAUGGGGGAAAAGGAUAGUUUUAUAUUGCGUGUUCUGUCUUUCAAAUUUAAUUCAAUCAGGUAAAAACAUAAUCUUGCACUAGUGGCAUUGUAACAAUUACUGACAAACAAAAAGCCUUGUUUGGGACUUUUUUCUUAUUACUGGCUUAUAAAUAUCUAGUAAUCUAUCCUUAGUACAGCUAUACAGAUUUGUUCUCAAAUGUUUAUUUCCCUAGCUGCCAAAAUAAUAAUAGGUAAAGUUCAGGGCUUUCUGUUUUUCAUGUUCAAGCCAUUUUGAUGUGAUUGAAAUUGAUAUGGGAAACACUGGAGUUUGUUUCACUUUAGCUGUGAUCAAAAUAUACUAAAGUAAUUCCUUAUUUUUUUCAAUUGCUGUGUAGUUUUCAAGGGAUUUCACAUGAUUCUGCAUUUUAAAGCUCACCUGUACCUUUCUUCUACUUGUACAGUAUAGUUAACUUUUUCAUAGAUGCGUGCUCACUAACUUGGCAUUAUCCUUGCCUUUCACUUGCUCGGCUCUUGCUAUAGAAAUUCAUACCCAAUGGAAUUCUGAAAAUGGUUAGACGUUCUCAUUAAACAGUUCAGAUGUAAGAUCAGCAUCUUCUUGGUUUACAAUUGUUCCUGUUAUCUCCUUCUCAAAACCUGCGUAAAAGUGGCUACAGAUAUUUGUACUUCCUUGCUUCUGAGAAUAAAAGGUUUAGCUCAUACUGAAAACAUGUAACACUGCCAUCACGAACACCCAGUUACUGUUAAAGCUUGCUUGUGUCUAAAUGUUUGUGUUCUCACUUCAGUAAAGUGAUGGAGUUUUUUCUUUUCAAAGCUGCAUCAUCUUAAGAAAUCCAGCACAUGCAAUAUUUGAGGCCACUGUUGCUGUCAAUUCAUUCCUGUAAGAACAUAGUAUUACUUUUAGUCUAAAAUAUUGAAAUGCACUUGGUAAGUUAAAAAUAAAAAAUGACAUUAAAAGACAUAUUACUGGCAUAAAUA